AUGCUUUUCCUGAACAAUCUUCCGCUGGGCAAACUAAAACAUCGGUCACUUUCUGCAGAGAAAAAUAGAUUACAGUUCAAGAGAAAUGAAGAUGCGGCAAUUCUUUCAAAUAUGAUAUUUCAAAGAUGUUGA